GUCAAUAUCAAGGAUCAAAUCGGAGAAAGAAGAGAACCACUUGCUCUAUCAGCACUAUCUACGUCCAAUCGAUAAAUCAGCGACUUUCAAUCUUCUUCUACAUCAGAGAGCAAUUAGAAACGCCAACCAAAGUGCAGCUUCAACCCGCUAGCUUCAAUCGCUUCAUAUACAUAUCAGACAUCGCCAUCUGCGAAUAGCUUCAAUCAAAAUGGGCUGGCUCUGGACAUCAUCGCCCCCCAAACCACCAACCGAUCAGCCCUCAUCCUCUGAUUCUUCCACCUCUCCUCUACCUCCAACAUCCUCACCAACACCCAGCUCAUCUCAAGCUCCCAACGAGCCCGUUGAUCCCGAAAUCCAAAAACUCCUCGACCUCUUCAACAAAUCCGACGACACCCCCAAAUCCUCCUCCUCCUCCUCCUCCUCUUCUUCUUCUUCUUCUACAAAUCAACCCCCCUCAGCCCUCUCCUCAUGGCUCUCCUCCAAAUUCUCCUCCGCCCCCGAAGCCCUCCCCGUGCCCCCCCUCGACCCCGUCAGCGAAUCCCUCCUCCCAACCGACAUGUCCUGCCGCCAGGCCUUUGACCUCGCCUGGUCCUGCAACUCCCUCGGCGGCCAGUGGAACGCCGUCUACCGCCACGGCGAGAUGCGCUCCUGCAGCCAUCUGUGGGACGACUUCUGGUUCUGCAUGCGCACAAAAUCCUUCUCCGGCCCCAUCAAGGAGAACGCCGUCCGGGAGCACUACCGCCGCAAGGAGUACGAAAAGUACUAUGCGCCCGGCAGGCAUAGCAGCGAGGAGAUUUGGGAGGCCAGGAAGCAAAAGAUGGCUCCGGGAACUGCCUUUUCUGAGGCUAUUGAGAUUGCGCGGGUUGAUGACGAUGAGUGGAGGAGGUUGGAGGACGAGAGGAGAAAGAAGAUACGACAGGAUCUGGGAUUUGAAAAGAAAUCAUGAGCGUAAAAGACGUUUGGAAAUUUAUGUAAAAAGGAGAAACACACAUACAUGUAUUAUAAUUUCUAUCUUGAUACUCUAUCAUAUCAAGUGUUUCUACUCAUUGUACACCUAUACAAUCCAAUAUAUUGAGGGCAUGAGCUU